AACAGUCACCUCCCCUCCAUGGCGCUUACUGUCGAGUGGGAGGACGUAAACAAACAAUAAAUAUGUAAAUCAUGUCGCAUGGUAGAAAUGAUGAGUGUUGCAGAGAAAAAUGAAGCUGGCUGAAGAGUCGAUUGCUAGUAGAGGAGAGGGAUUUGCAAUUCUGGAUAGAGUAUCAGAAAAGAUCUGAGAAGUGAUGUUGUGGAGACUUGAAAAGGAUGAAGCUUUGUAGAUGCUUAAGAGGCAUGUUGUUCACGGUGGGAACAACCAGUACUUUCAGCGCCACGUAGAAGGGUGAAUGAGUGCAUGCAUACAUGGUCAUUCAACUCAGUUUCCUGGCUUUCUUUCCUUAUAGGCCUGUCUCCUUGGUCACUAGGUGCCAUGAGGAAGCCUCGCCGGAAAUCUCGGCAAAAUGCCGAGGGCCGACGUUCCCCAUCCCCCUACAGUCUCAAAUGCUCACCCACCCGGGAGACCCUGACAUAUGCUCAGGCCCAGCGUAUUGUUGAGGUGGACAUUGAUGGACGUCUACACCGUAUCAGCAUCUAUGACCCACUCAAGAUCAUCACUGAAGAUGAGCUGACUGCUCAGGAUAUCACGGAAUGCAAUAGUAACAAGGAAAACAGUGAGCAGCCUCAGUUCCCCAGCAAGUCUAAGAAGCCCUCAUCCAAGGGCAAAAAGAAGGAGUCCUGCUCCAAACAUACAUCCGGCACUUCCCUCAACCUCCCACAGCCCAGCUUCCGCCUGGUGGAUCCAGGCAUCCAGACAGAAGCACCCCCGUUGCCCGCUGCCUAUUAUCGCUACAUUGAGAAGUCACCCGAAGACCUGGAUGCGGAGGUGGAGUAUGACAUGGACGAGGAGGACCUCGCCUGGUUGGACAUGGUGAAUGAGAAGCGGCGAGCAGAUGGGCACAGUGUGGUGUCAGCAGAUACCUUUGAGCUUCUGAUGGACCGGCUGGAGAAAGAGUCAUACUUGGAGAGUCGCAGUAGUGGGGCACAGCAGUCACUCAUUGAUGAAGAUGCUUUCUGCUGUGUGUGCCUCGAUGAUGAAUGCCACAACAGCAAUGUCAUUCUCUUCUGUGAUAUCUGCAACCUGGCCGUACACCAGGAGUGCUACGGUGUGCCCUACAUCCCUGAGGGCCAGUGGCUCUGCCGCUGCUGCCUGCAGUCUCCCUCUCGGCCUGUAGAUUGUGUUCUUUGCCCCAAUAAGGGUGGCGCCUUCAAACAGACCAGUGAUGGGCACUGGGCCCAUGUAGUGUGUGCCAUCUGGAUCCCUGAAGUCUGCUUCUCGAACACUGUGUUCCUGGAGCCUAUUGAGGGCAUCAACAACAUCCCACCUGCCCGCUGGAAACUAACCUGCUAUAUCUGCAAGCAGAAAGGGCUGGGUGCCGCCAUCCAGUGCCAUAAAGUGAACUGCUACACGGCCUUCCAUGUGACAUGUGCACAGAGGGCUGGUCUCUUCAUGAAGAUUGAGCCGAUGAGAGAAACCAGCCUCAAUGGUACCAUCUUCACUGUGCGCAAGACUGCCUAUUGUGCGGUCCAUUCACCACGAGCUGCUGCCGCCACCAGGAAGAAGGCCGAUUCCCCCCGAAGCCUCAGUGAGGCUGGGGAUGAGGACAGGCUGAAAGAGGGUGGUGGGGAGGAGGAAGAAGGAGAAGAAGUAGAGGAGGCGGAACAGGAAGGCCAAGGUGGGGUGGGAACCCCCCUCAAGGGAGCACCCAAGAAGAACAAGACAAGUUCAAAGCAAAAGAUCAAGAAGGAGCCAGAAGAAGGGGGCCGGGACACACCUUCCAAUGCUCCCAUGGUCACCGUCCCACAGAUACCUUCUUGCAGGUUGAACAAGAUCUGUAGUGGUCUCUCCUUUCAGAGGAAAAACCAAUUCAUGCAGCGGCUUCACAACUACUGGCUGUUGAAGCGGCAGGCACGGAAUGGUGUUCCCCUCAUCAGGCGCCUGCACUCCCACUUACAGUCCCAAAGAAACGCCGAGCAGCGAGAGCAGGAUGAGAAGACUAGUGCAGUGAAGGAAGAGCUAAAAUACUGGCAGAAGCUUCGACACGACCUGGAACGGGCACGGCUGCUGAUUGAGCUGAUUCGGAAAAGAGAAAAGCUCAAACGGGAGCAGAUCAAGGUCCAGCAGGCUGCCAUGGAGCUGGAGCUGAUGCCAUUCAACGUUCUGCUGAGGACGACACUGGACCUGUUGCAGGAGAAGGAUCCUGCACACAUCUUUGCAGAACCUGUCAACCUGAGUGAGGUUCCAGAUUACCUGGAAUUCAUAUCCAAGCCAAUGGAUUUUUCUACUAUGAGGCGGAAGCUGGAGUCCCACCUGUAUCGCACCUUGGAGGAGUUUGAGGAGGACUUUAACCUUAUAGUUACCAACUGCAUGAAGUAUAAUGCUAAAGACACAAUUUUCCACCGAGCAGCUGUCCGCCUGAGGGACCUAGGAGGGGCCAUCCUGCGGCAUGCCCGGCGGCAGGCAGAGAACAUCGGCUAUGACCCCGAGAGGGGCACUCAUCUUCCCGAAUCACCCAAAUUGGAAGACUUUUACCGCUUCUCCUGGGAAGAUGUGGAUAACAUCCUCAUCCCAGAGAACCGGGCACACUUGUCCCCAGAGAUGCAGCUGAAGGAAUUGCUGGAGAAACUGGAUCUGGUGAGCGCCAUGCGGUCCAGUGGGGCCCGUACCCGUCGUGUCCGUAUGCUACGCAGGGAAAUCAAUGCCCUUCGACAGAAGCUGGCACAGCCCCCACCACUACAGCCGCCAUCACUGAACAAGACCGUGUCUAAUGGGGAGCUGCCAACAGGCUCCCGAGGGGAUGUGGCUGUGCUGGAGCAAGUCCUGCAGGAAGAACCAGAAGAUGAUGGUGACAGAGAUGACUCCAAACUGCCUCCCCCACCAACCCUGGAGCCCACUGGGCCUGCACCUUCCUUGUCUGAGCAAGAAUCUCCUUCCGAUCCCCCUACUCUGAAACCCAUCAGUGAUAGUAAACCUCCAAGCCGAUUCCUCAAGCCCAGAAAGGUGGAAGAAGAUGAGCUCUUGGAAAAAUCACCUCUGCAGCCAGGGAGUGAGCCCUUGCAGUGCUUGCUCAGUGACAGUGGCAUCAAUAGACUGUCUCUCAUGUCCCCCGACGCCUCUGUUGAUGCGACUCUUGGUAGUGUGGGUCGCCGCACAUCCGUCCUCUUCAAGAAGGCCAAGAAUGGGGUUAAGCUUCAGAGGAGCCCAGAUGGGACCUUGGAAAAUGGGGAGGACAGUGGCAUGAUGAGCUCCCCUUCCUCUCCUGCCAGUAUUGAGGAUGAACACCAUUCCCGGAAACGGCCAAGGAGCAGGAGCUGUAGUGACAGCGAGGGGGAGAGGUCACCCCAGCAGGAGGAAGAGACAGGUGUGACCAAUGGCUUUGGAAAACACACUGAAAGUGGGUCUGACUCGGAAUGCAGUUUGGGUCUUGGUGGUGGACUGGCAUUUGAAGCUUGCAGUGAUCCGGUGCCCCCCAAACGCAGCCGUGGGAAGCCAGCUUUAUCCAGAGUGCCCUUCCUGGAAGGUGUGAAUGGAGACUCCGACUACAGUGUCUCAGGCAGAAGCCUCCUGAUGCCCUUUGAAGACCGCGGAGACCUGGAGCCCUUGGAGCUGGUGUGGGCCAAGUGCCGAGGCUAUCCCUCCUACCCUGCCUUGAUCAUCGAUCCGAAGAUGCCCCGAGAAGGCCUCCUGCACAAUGGUGUCCCCAUCCCUGUCCCCCCACUGGACGUGCUGAAGCUGGGAGAGCAGAAGCAGGCAGAGGUUGGAGAGAAGCUCUUCCUUGUCCUCUUCUUUGACAACAAGCGCACCUGGCAGUGGCUUCCUAGGGACAAGGUCCUGCCCCUGGGUGUGGAAGAUACCGUGGACAAGCUCAAGAUGCUAGAAGGCCGCAAGACCAGCAUCCGCAAGUCAGUGCAGGUGGCCUAUGACCGUGCAAUGAUCCACCUGAGCCGAGUGCGGGGGCCCCACUCCUUUGUCACCUCCACCUACCUGUGAGGGCAAGGCUGUGCCUGUGUCUGCCCCACCUCCCCUCCAUCCAUGGGCACAGAGAAGCUUCUCCUGCCCCUGCCAGAUGGAGGGCCAGCAGCUUCCGCUUGUCAUGGCAGGCCAGGGACUGGACCGUGUCCCUGCGAAGGGAAAGACUUCAGUUCUGACCAAUCACAUGGUUCCCCUGGAGGGCCUGCUAUGUGCCAAAAACUUCUGCCCGAGGUCCCUCGGGAUAUUCCACUGAAGAACCACUUAGAAGUAGAAACAGCUGUGGGGCUUGAGCCCAGCGGAGGAGCUGGACUUGGCCCAGAAGAAAAGAGGUCCUGGGCUCCUUGAGGGGCUACGUGGCUCCCUCUAUCCCCUUCCCAGCUAACCACACCUCAGGGCGGGCGAGGUUCUGAUACUGAUCCCAGAGACGCUGUGGAUGCACGAGGGUCCCUUGGGGAACCCCAUGGAGCUCCCCUUCUCCCCUCACUACCCAUUCUCACACCUCCCUGCCUCAUCUCCACACCUAGCCCUGCACUGCUUUCUUUACUUUCUCUCUUGUGCCAAUUUGACAGAAACAUCACCAAACUAGUCUUUUUUCUUUAAUGUCUUAUUCCCCUUCUUGCCCAAGAACUCUGCUAGGUGGAUCUCUCUGCCAGCUCGUCAGGGCUCAGGCAGAGGCCAGCCCUUCCUGGGAGGGUCCUGUCCGCCAGUACACCAUCCCACACUAUAGACCUCUACUGCUGCUGCUGUGCUGAGGGCCUGCUGUGUGCUGUGCGCAUGUGCACUGCGAGUGGGGCCAGGGUCCCUCCUGCCCCCUCCUCCCGCUGUGCGGUAGCCUGAGGCUGGCGUAUGCUGUCUGUCUGCCCACCUGGACGACCAGGGUGGUGGGGUGGAGCAGGCCCUCCAGCCGGGAGUGCCCUCUGCCCUGCUCCACUCUAGUGGCUUUUCUUUGUCUGCAUCUGCGGCCUCAGGCCUCACUUUCUACCAUCAUGGACAGCAUGGCACUGCCCUUCAGCUCUUUCCGCCGCCAGGCUCUGCUGCUCCUGCUUCCCAAACCAGGGAAUGCACUCCUUUUAUUUCACACCCUGUCUCCUUCCCUCCUCCACCUCCUCCCAAACUCCACCUUCUCAAAACGGAAGGGGGUGGGGAAAAACUGUGAAUGAGGAAUGCUGAUUUGACAAAACAGCGUAACUUUCAGAAGCUUUGACGUCUGUUUUCUGGACGUUUCUUUUCACCUCUUAAGCACCAAAGUCGCAGGCCAGGUUGCAGGCCACUGAUCGCCAUGUUGAUUUUUAACUUGAUGUUCUUUUUAAUUGUUUGAAAUUUUUCAUAGGGGAGUUUUGGACAAAACAAAGUCACUGGGGAGAUCACUGCCAUUUUUACACGCACAACUUUUUAAAAAUGCAGCCACACACCAACUUCUUAUACGGGACACGAGCCAGAGUUUAAAAGGGAACCAACAAAACUAUAGCAUAAUGGAUAGGAUUUUGGAUUUUGUACCAUAACAAAAACAAUACAGCAUAUGGCUAAGGAAGGACAUGGUGUAUAUAAUUGUAUAAUACUGUUCUAAAUUAUUCAGGCCUAUACUUUCCAUUCUUGGAGUCCUCAUUGUGUGGCCACGUGACGUGGUGUAUUUAAAGGAGCCAACAUGUCCCCUCCCCAGGUAGUUGGUCAGCUGUGGACUCUGUGACCUUUGUCUAAACCUGUGUUACAAGAUCGCGGGUCUCUCUCUUGCUCUUUCUCGCUCUCUCAUCUCUUUUCCCCAGCACAUUCUCUUCUUAGUCUCUCUCUCUUUCAGUCUCUGAGUCUUUCAGUCUCUGAGUCUCAUUUUCUUCAAAUGAAGGAGAAGCGGCUCAAAUCCUGCUGUGGCAUGGGGCCCGUGUGUCUCUGUCGCGUCUGCUGUGAAGCACAUGAUGCUCUAUUUAUUGUAGAAAGUUGACUUUAUUUGCUUUCUAGAAUUGUUUAUAACAGAUGGUAUAAGAGAGGUAAUAAACAGAGAAAACUCUAUGCCUGUAAAGAUUACAAAGUUAAUUUUACCUACUAUAAUAUGACUGUCGGAAACUUAUUUUCUCGCUGAGAAAUAAAUGUUCUAAUGGGCAUCA